AGGAGACGAGUCCCAGCCUCGGCGGGAACGAUUCGGCACCGGACAGCAAAUACAAAGAUACAAAACUGCCGCCUCACGACGAGCCGAACAUGAUUGUGGACAUCGUGAUCCCGUCGCUGCUGAUAGCGGCGCUGUUCAUCGGAAACGCGUUCAUCGUUCUCAUCAUAUACAAAUACCGGAAACGAAAAACCGAAGACCUGGAGGACGAAUUCAACACCAUUCCACUCAGCGUCAACGGCAAUGUGCAUAGUGCGGGCAACGCGGUUUAGUUAGGAGAAAGUUACACACCGACUGGCGGCGUGGACUGCUGUCGAGCGUCUGUUUAAACGCUGGGGAAAACGCUGCGUUUUUUUACACGGAACUAAUUAAUAAGCUUCUGUUGAAGGUUUUAUUGGUUUUCGAAAUAUCUGGAGCUCGAACAACUGAAAAAUCCGUCUGCUUUUAAUAAUUGCGUUUUUGCGGCCAAUUACCAAUGUUAGGAAAUGCAGCGGUUUCCGUAAAAGACAUUUAUUCGUAAUUAUGCUCUCUUAUAAACUAAAUGCCCAGUACAGUGGCGUCUACCUGGUAAAGGAAUGGGAGAUAUUUAUUUCUUCGACGAAUGUUGUCACGUAGGCUGUAUAAACGCAUUUAGUGUUAGUUUUACAUCUAUAAAUAUAUUCUGCAUGUUUUGUGUCCAAAAUAGAUAUGUAUUAGACGUGUAGAAACCCCAUUCCUUAAAUAAAACUGUCGGUGUCCAUCAUUUUUCAUCUUGGAAACGCUUAGCGUUACAAAUAUUCAAUAAAAUCGGUGUGUAAACUGUAAUGUUUCGGGCGCGGGUUUUCGACCGCGCGGCCGAGCGUGUUGUCGUCAGCUAACCGCCGCCUUAAGCCUUAAGUUACCCUAUUUAUUUGUUAAUUUACUAGAGCGUGGGUCAUCAAAUGAUGUAAGCAGUAAGACGUAGUCAAUCCUCUCAUGUCUUUCUUAAAGUAUUAGAUAUUAAGUAAGGACUGAUAUUGAUAUGAAGGUACUCGAAAUUUUCUAGAUUUUUCCAUUUUUGUUGCAGUCACCGCGAUCACUAGUGCGUCAAUUAAGAGCUUUUGAUAGGAAACGGAUGUAGAAUGUGCUCCUAUUUACUUGAAACUAAUUUCUCGACAUUGUUAAUGUUUUUGUAUGUAUUGGCAAAAUCUGUAUAAAUUCUGUAAUGAAUAAAAACCACUAUCUUUA